UCAAACGUUCAAGAAGUUUUCUUGAGCCAAUUAAAAUACUGAUUGAUGUUUGUAAAGUUAUAGAAUGAAUGGCAUGAAAUGCAUGAUAAAAUUUCUUUACUUCUGUCUAGACUGCAAUAGCACCUAAUCAAAGGCUGACUUUAACUUUCAAAAACCUCUUGAUUGAAACCUGAAUUAGAUGUAGUAAAUAUAAUUGAUAUUAUAAAGUAGUUUGUAUAAAUCUGCAACUAUAGGACUGUGAAUAACCUGCAUGUUAUUGCUAAAGGUCUUUUUAGUGCGGACAACGGGUGCCAACCAGACCUCGGUUUUGUAUAGACCAUCGAUUUUUAUUUACCUUUAUUGUGUUACAGUCAUGCUUUCUUCAAACAGCUUUCUUGGUAUUGAAAUUGAACAGUCAAAUAAAAUAUAAGAGGUAGUAGAAGAAAGUCUUCGUUACCAAAAUGACAGAAGGUCCUUACUCUGAAGGCGCCAUUUGAUUCUCAAAAUCAAGUUGUUUGUUGGUCUCUUUUCACCUUUUAUCUCUUGGUGGAAGAGAUCACUCGCAUUGUAUCGCUUUUUUCUCAGAGUAUUAUGCUAUGACUUGUAAAACUCAUUCGUGCAUAGUUGGCUGAAAAAAGCACACUCCUUUAAGUUAGAGUCUUCAAGCUUUUGAAUCUGGUGGCAAUCGAUUUCUGACGUAUUUGAGCAAAAUUUGAUGGUACACCUCCAAAUAAUUCAUAAACAAAAAUUUCAUUUGUGACAACACCAACAAGCCUCUAUUUCUUCAAUUUUUGGAGUGAAAGCAUUUUCAUAUUAAAAUAAUCAAAUCUUACAAGCAUGAUAAACGUCUUAUAAAAAGUAUCGUUAUAAGACAUUUCAACAAAAGUAUUUGGGAAUAGGAUCUUUUAUGGCUAUUUUUUAUAUCUUUGAAAUCAGAAAAACCCAGUGUAAUGUCGAAAUUCUUGCAACUUUUGUCAACGAAGCGAAUACAAAUCCUAAAAUUGAGGAACUUUGAAAGAAUAUGUUGUAAACAAAACUGCUCCAUUUAAAGUAAAGAGUUCAAGAUAUCGGAAAGCGUUUUUACUGAAGAUGUCUUUCUUUGAAAAAAUCGAUAACAGCGAAAGGGCUACUUGACAACCCAAAACAACCCUUUGAUAAAAACUGGAUCAUUCCCUUUUUUAUGUACCCAAUAUAACGCUAGUAGCAUUUAUUAUGUCAUCUGUUCAGUUUACAUGUAGUUCAUGAUGACAUCAAUAUGAUAUCUGCUUUUGACAAACGUAAAUUUGUGUAACACUACUGAGCGUAACAGGGAGGUUUUGAUUUAUCAAUAUCUGACUAUAAAUUGCAACCUAUUUUACUUGCAGGCAUCAUUCGCAGGCACAAAAUAUUAUUAAUGAGCCCUGGUGCCAGCUGGAAGGUGCUGAGUUCCCAGUUGUAGAUUAUAGUUUCGUUUGUCAAGCUCUAUGAUUAGUCAAAGAUAUUUGUUUAAGAAAUCACGCUUGGCCAGCAUAUGAUGUUAAUAUCUUUUUUAAAAGGUAGAUGUGUCAUUUAUCGUCUGUGCAUUUGCAUUUGGUAAGAAAACAGCUUAGCAAUAUUCUUAAACUGAAAUUAUUGGUGAUAGAAUAGAAAUAUUGACUCAACAGUAUCUCAGUGACCCAGUGGGAUUCUAAAAAGCAAGAGAACACGAUAGACGAUAGAAAGUAAAGCAUAUGGGCCAAUUGAGAAUAUUGUAGUUUUGCUAUCGACAUGUGUUGAUUUGUCCUAAACCCAUCCUUUCUCCCUCCACCAAAUCAGCAGGUAAUACCGGGGCUUUGAUAAAAGCUAACGUGAAACAUGAAUAAUGAAACAUAUUUAAACGAAAAAAAAUGAAAUGAUAUGCUCUGAACUAUCUCUUUGAUAGGUAUAAUAGUAUGAAAAAUGCUCUGACUCAGGGUUCAUGAACAAGAAGUGUGAUUAUUAGACAGUGGUCGCCAAACAAGUCGAAAUUGUAGAUAUCGACUGGACAAUGCCGUGUUAUCAAAACCAGUGUUGUUUCCACAAACGAAGGUAGUUUUUCUUUAAUCAUAGCUGGUGUGCAAAAUCAGUUUGCGAGUGAAUUUCGUAUCGCCUUUUGGGUUUUAUAAGCAUGGGAGAACUGAGCUCUGUACGCUGGGUCAAGCUGACCUGAUCGGCGACCUUACUCUCAUGACCUCGAAGCUAUACAUGAUAUGAGGCGAAAGGUCGAUUGUUCUUCAGAUUUUGCUUCAAGGAGGCCAUAAACUGAUUCCAUCAGACUUGCUUUCUGCAAUGAACUGCAUGAAAUAAACGAAUCAGCAUGGAUUGUGAUGUAUAAGGUUUCUAGCCUGAGCUUGCCUAUUUUUGCUACUUUGUCAAAUAUUUUGUCAGCAUUUAAAAGCAUAGGUAACUUAAUUUUGUAGUAUUUCACACACAUGACACGCGAGAAAAGAAAGUGUCUGCCAAUCAAUGGUUUAAUUGCGUGGGAAUGUAACUGCCACGUGACAGCUUAGAUAUUUGACGAACGUAACAUGCUUGGAAUUAACCAUAACCGUGUGUAAUUAACGUUGUAAUUAGCAGAUCUCUAACUUUCAAUUUUGGCCUACAAUUGCCACUUACAGUGAUUACACCAGAGCAUUUCAUUCAAACUUAAAUAAUUUUCCAGCUAGCAAACCUUAUGAUAUAAUAAAUGGAGAAAAUAACUUAGUUAAUUAAUCAAGUAAAAAAUUAGUAUAAUUAAGAGUAGCCACAUAGCUCUUAUUGCUUGUGGGUUUAUGGCUUUCACAGGCUACCAAGAUUAUGCAUUUUUUGUGUCUUAUGAGUUGGCAUGAAAAAGCCUAGACCGUUACAAAUUUAAUUGGUUAUAGCUGAUACUAAUUAAUUAUGAAUCUAAUUAAAAGUUGGUAAGGUAAACUAAAUAAUCCUAAUUACUUAGUAGUUAUGUGAACCGAAUAGCCAAGAAAAGAAUCACAAGCAUCGUACAUUCGUACAAGUGACAAGAUCAGCUCUAACAGAGUUCGUUCCGUAUGUCCUCUUCAGUUUCUGAUUGACAAGAAAAUUUACUUUUUUUAAAUAAUUGUACAGCCAUAAGCAUCUUAUCUUUUGGGGACAUUUGUAUCUACCCCCUUGAAAGCAGAAAAAAUAUAUCUGAAGUGAAAUCUGAAACGGAAUGUAAAUCUAGAGAAUAUUGUGUAUGGAUUUCAACAAGUUGUAAAAGAUAUUGCUGCGUUUUAUAUUAGAAACCGAUCUUUUGUUUAUACUUGUUGAGUUUGAUAAUGAAAAACUCCAACGUUUUCCCGCAUAAAUGUAGAUAUGUUAUAAAGAUAUCGAAAUGCCUAAGGCAAGGAAAUCCUAUUGGAAGAUGGUCCUGUUAUUUGAAUAGCCAUUCUCAUAGUGGUUAAAUUAUUUCCAUAGUGAAGUAGUCAAUUUUUCUAAAUCUUAUGUUUUGGCAAAGCUGUUAACUAUUAUUUGUUUCUAACGUCAACUUGAAUUUUUCGAGUAUACUUGAUAAGCUAGCUUGCCUGUAUAGGUUCAAACUUAUUGCAGUGAGGUUGGGUCUAUCAUUCAGCAAAUGUAGAAAGUGAUAUAGUCCAUGCAUCUAAGCUCAGGAAAAUUAUAUAUCAUUGGCGCAGGAAGAUCUGGAUUCUGAAGACAUUACCUGACAGCAAAGCACUUAACGGAUAUUGCAUGCCUCUACGUGCUACAAGUGCUGAUUCUUUGCAGUCGUACCCGAAUUCCAUUCCACAGUUGCAGUGAUAAAAAUAAUGCCUUCUAAUAAUUGAAGUCAAAUAUACAAGUAGAAUACUUAGUACACUUGAAGAGGUCAAGCACGCAUUCAAAAAAGAUUUGUAUUUACUGGAUUAUAAAUAAAAAUGCUAUUGCCAGAUCUUGCUUUUUAUUGACCCCUAUGACCUAGACAUUAAUUGACAACACAACUGUAUUAAGGGUAUUUUAGCUUUUGAUAUCCAAUUGUAAAUUGUAUUUGAUACGUCAAGUGCGACAUAGGCCCUUGGUUUGGCUGACCUCUCUGACCUGAAUUGCCAUACGUCAUGAUUACCAAAGCUUCUGAUUGAUACCACAGCUAAAUUGAUCCAUUAUAAAUUGAAGGCGCCAUUCACUUUGGACAAUUAAUUGCCAAAUAAGGAAAGUAACUCUUGUGUGGUGUGUAGUUCUUCUCUUCGAUUGCAAAUGACUUUGAAUUGUUGAAUUUCUGGUUCUACAUUUGCAAGGUAAUCUGCUCAACCAGCAAGAGGCUUGAUGGGCAUAGCGUGGCGACUGGCAAUAAUCAACUGAGGAAGCACUCCUGCUCCAGAUCAGCUGAAAUACAUUUAAACAAUGGAACUGGGUGCAAUAUUUUUCUGUGGAAUAUUCUUCAUGUUCUGUCUGAGUUUAUUCAGAAACGAAACUUCUCAAAGAAACAAACUCCCACCAUCACAAUGGCGAUUGCUUUUUCUCGGAAAUGCUCAUUUGUUAUUUUGGAGUGAUCCACACAGGCUGUUUCAAGGAAUUUCAAGGAGCCUUGGCCCAAUCAUAACAUUCUGGGUGGGAAGAAAGCCAAUUAUUAUUGUCAAUGAAAUAAAUCUUGCCAAAGAGGCUUUGAUAAAGCAAGACAAGAUUUUUGCAGGACGUCCUCAAAGGUACACAGGGAGUCUUUACUCGCGUAAUUUCAAAGGUAUUAUAUUAGAUAAAUAUGGAGAAAACUUGAAAAGGAAGAAAAAACUGGCGCAUGUUGCAAUGGCGACAUUCACAAGCGAAAGUGGAAAUAUGGAGCACAUUAUUUCAAGUGAGUGUAAGAGAUUCAUAGAACGGCUAAAAUGUAAGACAGAAGGAAACACUGCAAUCGACAUCAGUGGAGAUAUCAAACUUACAGUGCUAAAUGUGAUCUGUUCGUUAUGUUUUGGGAAGCAUUACGAAUCGCACGAGGCAGAAUUCAAGCAAAUCGUGCAAGCCAAUGACUGGUUCGUUGAAGGCAUCACGUGUUCAUCAAUUGUCGAUUCAUUCCCUUUAUUGAGGUAUUUACCACUGCAAAAAAUGAAAAAACUGAAAGCCUUUAUCAAGAUAAGAGAUGACGUUCUGGAAAAACAGUUUAACAAGCACAAAAGUAUGUUUGAUGGGAAGAACCCAAAAGACUUGAUGGAUCAUUUUCUCAAUGAUGUUGAAGAAUCAGACAAGAAAUUAUCUGGUGCAGUUCUGAGCAACGAUGAACAAAUUAUGUUAAUAAGCGAUUUGUUCAUUGCUGGUGCGGAUACAACAAUUAGCACUUUGCUCUGGGCAUUUCUGUACCUCGCUGUAUGGCCAAAGAAGCAACAAAAGCUUCGUGAAGAACUGGAUCAAAUCGUUAAAGGCAGAAACCCGAUGUAUCAUGAUAGAAAAAGCAUGCCUUAUUUAGAAGCAACGAUCUCCGAAGUCCUAAGGCUGAGCUCACUCACUCCGCUGAGCGUGCCAAGGAAAACAACACAACCAACUACGCUAGGCGGGUACUGCGUUCCAAAAGAUACGACAGUUGUAUUCAACAUGUUUGCCAUGAACCAUGACGAGCAGAUAUGGCGUGAUCCUAGUAAUUUUGAGCCAGAAAGGUUUUUAGACCAAGACGGAGCUUAUUGUCCUUUGAAGCAAAAGUUCAUGCCGUCUGGCGGACAACGGAUGUGUUUAGGUGAAAAAAUGGCAAGAAUGGUGCUCUUUUUGGUGGUGGCCUAUACUUUACAAAACUUCAAGUUUGCAGCCUUUGAUAACAUGGAGUUAGAAGGCGUUAUUGGGAUGACAUUGAAGCCAAAACCGUUUAAGGUUCUUGUUCAACAUUGUAAUUGAUUUAAAUGUUGGUGCUAUAUCCAAAACGACUUAUUUGUAAGGUCGUAAUAAGGCUGUAUUAAGUUUUAAAAAGCUUGGCAAUAACUGGCUACGUAAUUUGAAGUCAAAACAAUAACGUUCUAAGCUUUCCAAUGCGUAAUCGCUAGUACUAGUUAAUCUAGUGAAAGACCGCUUCAUCUUAUAUUUAAGACUGAGAUUUCAGGUUUGCCUAAACGUUUUCUCCAUCAGCCAUUAAAAUGUCAAUAAAACAUUCACCCUUUCAUUAUCCUCACACUGUUACCCGGCCGAAAUUUAUCCAGUAUGGUCUCGAUUACCAUAUAAUGAGCAGUACUCAUUUACAAUUUUAGUUUCGCGAAUACAUUCAACAGGAGAUGUCUUAUUGAUUUGAUUUGCUCCCAUCAUUAUGACUCGUCGGAACAGACAGACACAAGGAAGCAGUCACACGUCCCUACCGAAGAAGGUGAUUCCAAAAAUGAACUGAAAUGAUAUUCACAAAGUAAAUAUAAUCUUUGCUACCUGUAUUGGCCUACUUAACUAAUAACAAUAUCCCCCACCUCCUCAUUAAUCUUCUUUUACAAAAAGUAUACAAUCUUACUCCAAUGUGCAGAUCUGGGGUGCCUCAAGGAUCCUUCAUUGUUAUGCAGGGCUGCAUAAGUCAUCAGUAUUAAAAUGUUUAAUUAUUUACAUCACUUUUUAGCUGGACAAAUUGUUUUUAAUUUGUUUACUUCAGCAUUCUUUAGAAAACAGAAACGUGCUUUAAAAUUCAUGUGACAUCAGCCAGUUGUGAUUGUGAAAUGCUGAGAGGAAAAGCUCUUUGUUUAUUUAUGACAACAUAUUCUGUCUUCACGGAGUUCCUAGUAAGAUAUUCUCUCUCAAUUAAGAAGUUGAAUAAUUUUUCUAAAUACUACAUAGCUGUAUUUCGAAAGAUUUAAGGCAUAUGUAGUUUAGUAGCUAAAUACAGCCAGCCAAUGGCUUGAUCAAACUUGUUGCUAUGGGUGAUUUUUAUAGUCAACUCUCUGUUGCAUUUAACUUAGCAAACAUUGGGUUUUUACUGAUUGUCACAAAAAUUUUGAUUAAAUUUUGAGAUAUAACAUCUUUCCUAAGAGAUACAUAUUGAUGACCUUAGUUGGAACACAUUGGUGGAAAGUAUGUAAAGGAUAAUGCUUUUUAUAUUUUUAACAUUGUAUAGAAGAUUAAAAAGCAAAUUAUAAACCAAUUUUGAUUGUGAUGGAGCAAAUUUUAUCACUCUGGUAAGAAAGUUUGAUAGUUUGAUGAUCCUUAAUAAACAAAAGUUUAAUAGAGAGAGUUAGUUCUAGGGCACUUGCUUAUCCAAUCAUUGUUGAUGGUUUAAAAAGGCCUUGCCCAGAAAGGCGCUCAAUCAAGCGUGAGCACCUAAACUGUACCUGAAUAUAGCCAUGGAGAGCAAUUUAUAGUCUGGAAAUGUAAAACAAUAUUGCACUGAUGCAAAAUAAUGUUUGAAAAUAAUGUUGAUAGAGCAUAAAACAAUCUUCUCAAAUGACACUAACCUUUUGAUGAAGAGAUUUUGUAUCUGGUUCCUCAUAAAGGCACGUCUACAAGAAUACCUUUCUGAGUAAAAAUUAAUAUUUUCCAUGCAUCAUAAAUACAAUUGUUUGACUCGUUUUCAUUAAGGUUAAGGUAAACGUUUCUGACACAAUAUUUGGCUUUCUCUCUCUAAAAGCCAAACUAUUAACGGAAUCGAAUUAAACUAUAUAUCAUUCAAUGCACAAGAAUGUGGCAAUGCCAACCAUAUCAAAAUAAUUUACAAAUAUUGUAAAAUUAUAUUUUUCAGGCAAAUUUAUUGCUUAAAAGAGUGUACCACUUUCAAAAGCUAUUUUGUACCCUUGCGUUCAAGGUAACAAAAUCUGACUUAUAUCAAAAGAAAGAGGAGAUCCUAAGCUACCAAAGUGUGUCUCAGAUCUUUAAAAUUUCUCCCUCCUUUGAAACUAUGUCCUGUCAAAAAUGGGUGAUCAAUUUCCCUGAAGCCUGUCCUGGCCGUGUGCAAAUUUUUUAAGCAAUUCAAUUGGUUCCUUGG